AUGGCAUCCCAACUUCCUGCAAUGUACAGUUCAUCUCAAACGAUAUUUAUUGACAGAGCGAAAGCGAAAGAGGAGGAAGAUGCUGAUGCUGAGCAUCUCGGUUUCAACAAGGAAGUUGGACCUGGUAAAGAAUCUGAACAGGAUACGUUUCGCCUGCCAACUGAAGAGGAGCUUGAAGAAGAAUAUCGUGGGCCACCUGAUCUUCCUCUACCGCAAAGUAGAAUCAAAGAGAUUGUUAGAGCUCUGUCGAAUUUUAACGGUCUGAGGCCAAAGGGAGCGAGCAGGAAAGAUUGCGCUGAACAGCUCAAAUCUGAUCUUGCUUCUUAUUAUGGCUAUAGUCUUCUUAUUGGAACUUUGUUUGAGCUGUUUCUUCCUGUUGAACUUAUGGAAAUUAAACUUAUGGAAAUAAUUGAAGCCUUUGAUAAGCAAAGGCCUUCAUCUAUCUGGACAAACACACUUAAGACUCGGAGACGGGAUCUUGCUGAUGUGCUUUUGAACAGAGGAGUCAAUCCAGACCCAUUAAGCAAGUGGUCAAAACUCGGACUUGUAGUUUAUGAUUCACAAGUGCCAAUCGGUGCCACUCCUGAAUAUUUGGCUGGUUACUACAUGGUUAGUGAUCUUCUGACCCGUGCAUGUUCUGAUUUUGGGAAGCCCGUAAUGUCAAGAAAGGAGGAGCACUUGUGGGGUUGAUACAUGCGAUUAAAAUUGUUUAUGAACUUCAUAUAAGAAGUGGGAUUCAAUCUGAUGCCAUAUGAGGUAUUUGAGAG